AUGUCCAGCGGGAUUAAAAUAGGUGAAUCGACCCGCUCUACACCGAGCGCACCCACCAACGGAGAGACAGACCUGCCAUUUGAGGCUGAUGGCGGUCCCCCCGCUAGGCUGAACGGAGCCGUAAUUAAAAGGCUUGAAGAUUUUCGCCAAUGCCCGUUGAGAUAUGUGGCUGAUGACUUGUUUUCUAAUGGAGGUCAGAAUGCCACUCUUACACUACAAUACAUUGGUCCUUAUUCUAACAUUUCUAAAGACACGGCAACAAGAAUUGGAGAAGUUCUACAAAACAGUUUGAGAGCAUGUGUAUCGUUGAGUCCUGACUUAGCAUAUGACUACCCUCGCCGACUUUCCUUGGCUAAAAGCAACCGCUUCUCCGAACUCGAAGAACUUGGAGUGACCAGCGAGAGUAUUGGUCUCAUACGAUGUGCGGAAUGGGAUUUGCGAGUUAAGAAAGGUUCCUCGUCCUGUUACAUGUUUGAGAUGUUGUAUGGCCCCAAUGCAGGAGUUGAACCUCGUUCCAUGGAGUAUCGGGCUUAUUACGACAACCAAUGGAAUGCAGUCAGGAGAGGCUUCGAAGCAAACCAACGCUCAGCUAUCAGUGGUGAACAGCAACCAAAAAGAAGAGAGUCCACUCCUCUGUGGUUGUCACGGCCCUCGAACAACUAUUUCUCAAUAGACCGACGGUCGACGAACCUCGGCUAA